AUGGAGCCGCAACUGGUAUUCAAUGCUUCAGGAAAUUCCUGCGCCCCAGAACUCGGGCAGGUCCCGGACUCACAACCGGGUCCAGGAACCUUUCCCGCCUUGCAUCCUGGAGGGUUCUCUGCUCCGGUGGUCGCGUUGCUGGCCACGCUCAUGGCGCUGCUGGUGCUGACCACGGUGCUGGGCAACGCUCUGGUCAUCCUCGCCUUCGUGGUGGAGCGGAGCCUGCGCACGCAGGGAAACUUCUUUUUCCUCAACCUGGCUAUCGCCGACCUGUUGGUAGGUGAGUACGAGGACCAAGCGGAGACGGCCGGGAUGGGGCGUCAAGCGGUUAGCGCUGGAUCUUAG